AUGAAGGCCUGUGCCCAUCGCUGGAAGAACAUCUACUACGAAACAGACCACAUCCUGCCCCACGGCUUCUGUUACGUGAUCCCGUCCAACCUCCAGGCCAAAGGCAGGACGCUGAUCCCUUGCUAUGAAGAGUACAAGAAGAAGUAUGGAGAGGAACACGGCUCCUGCCAGGCCGGGAUCGCAGGCUGCUUCACCGAGGAGCUGGUGGUGAUGGGUGCCCCAGGGUCAUUUUAUUGGGCUGGGACGGUCAAAGUGCUGAACCUUACAGACAACACCUACUUCAAGCUGAACGACGAAGUAAUCAUGAACAGGCGGUACACUUACCUGGGCUAUGCAGUUACCGCUGGCCACUUCUCUCAUCCGUCCACCACUGACGUGGUAGGAGGCGCCCCCCAGGAUGAAGGCAUUGGAAAGGUUUAUAUUUUUAGAGCUGACCGAAGAUCAGGCACCUUAAUUAAGAUUUUUCAGGCAUCAGGUAAAAAGAUGGGCUCUUACUUCGGCUCCUCCUUAUGCGCAGUUGACCUGAACGCAGACGGCCUCUCCGACCUGCUGGUGGGGGCCCCCAUGUUUUCUGAGAUCAGGGACGAGGGGCAGGUCACCGUCUACAUCAACAGAGGAAAUGGAGCCCUGGAAGAGCAGGUGGCCCUGACUGGGGAUGGUGCCUACAACGCACACUUUGGAGAGAGCAUUGCCAGCCUGGGCGAUCUUGACGACGACGGGUUCCCAGAUGUGGCCAUCGGCGCACCCAAGGAGGAUGACUUCUCGGGGGCGGUCUAUAUCUACCACGGUGACGCCGGUGGGAUAGUCCCUCAGUACUCAAUGAAACUGCUGGGGCGGAAGAUAAGCCCGGUUCUGCGGAUGUUUGGACAGUCCAUAUCAGGAGGCGUUGAUAUGGAUGGAAAUGGCUAUCCUGAUGUAACUAUUGGAGCCUUCAUGUCCGACAGUGUGGUUCUUCUGAGGGCAAGACCGGUCAUCACAGUGGACGUCUCCAUCUUCCUCCCAGUCUCCAUCAACAUCACGGCACCUCAGUGUCGCGACGGACAGCAGCCUGUGAACUGCCUGAACGUCACCGCCUGCUUUCGCUUCCACGGCAGGCACGUCCCCGGAGAAAUCGGCCUGAAUUAUAUUCUGACGGCUGAUGUGGCCAAAAAGGAAAAGAGCCAGUUGCCCAGGGUCUACUUUGUGUUGCUGGGAGAGUCCGUGGGUCAGGUCUCAGAGAAGCUGCAGCUGGUCCACAUGGAGGAGACAUGUCAUCACUACGUGGCCCACGUGAAGGUCAGUCCUUUUUAUCCUCAAACUUUGAUGUCUGCAGAUGUUCAUUUGGAACUGUGGAAACUACUUUUAUUGUGCAUUACGUAUGCCCUGACUUCCAAAAUGUAAUUUCACAAGCAGGAGAACAUUCCUUUCUUCUUCUUACUUUAAAGUUCAUGUCUGACAGCUCUGUAUUUAUGUUACUGUGCUGAUCUCAGCCCGAGGCGGGUUAUGGUGGGCCAGGAGACGAGUGACCCUCUCUGUCUUUGACUUGGUCUUUUGGGGGGCUUCUCUGCCUCUCCCCUCCAUGAG